AUGGAAGAAAAUGAAGAAACAGAAAUGAACGAAAGAAAUGAGAAAAAAAAAAAGGAAACUGAAAAAAAUGAAAUAAGCAAGGGAAAGAAAACAGAGAAAAAGAAUAAAGAAAGAGAAGGAAAAAAAAUAAGCGAAGGAUUAUCAUUGAGUACUUCUAUUGAAAUGGCAUAG